AUGAAGCUCCUAUUACUUCUCACCAUGACCACUGGUCUGAUAGCCCCAGUAUCUUUUGAAGCUGAGGCCACCAGGCCACACCGCAAAUGCCAUCGCCCCAAGCAGUCAACAAGCACCUCACCAAAGCAAAGUGCCCGCGUUCCCGGUACCGCGCCCCAAGCUUACAAGACCAACAUAGGCAAAUCCUCGUUGAAACGGAGCAAGAGCAGCCUCAGCAGGCUGCCCGCCUACCUCAUCGACCCGGACUCAGCUGAUUCUAGUCUACGGAAUCUACGCUUCUUAAAACGCCAGGUGACUGCUAACGACUUCUAUGAGUGUCAAUCUGCCAAUCCAGCCCCAGCCCCAACAGAUUGCAACAUAGUCAUCGACCAGGUCUACGAUGCGAACCAGAAUCUCAUCGUCACAGCCAAUAGCUGUCUUCUUUUCCAAUACAACUCGUGCUGGGGCUUCUUCUGUGCUCUAUGUUCACAGCUGACGACAUCGACCGACUUUAUCGGCAACCAGCUAUCCUCCGCAGAGAGCCUGUGUAUCGAAAACGGCCAGGACGGCACUAUUGUUGGUGAGGACGCCCCACAAUGGGAAGCUGGUUUCAUAUACCAGGGCGAUGGGCUGCCAUCCUACGACGUCUGCGGAGAUAUGCUUAAUUUUGCUUCAAAUGAGUAG